CCUGGAGGUGCAGUACUCCUCUGGAAGCAGGGAAGUCUCAGUUCCAGUUUGGGGAGAAGAACCUGCGUCUCCUGUCCCACCAAGAGCAACAGACGCUUCUGCAGAUCCCGAGAAAGAGAGGCAAGGAUGAUCCUCACUCGGACUUGGCUACUGGCCCUGGUGUUCCUGGCCGGAUUUUGGGUGACCCAGAGCUGCGAUUCUGAUGUGCAACAUUCUAGGAGCAAACCUCCAGAAGGCGCUCGGAGCUGGACUUCAGUGUCUGGGCAGAACGAUGGGGAUGGAGACGCUCCUUCAGCUGUUGCUCCAGCUCUCAACUUGGCCAGAGGCCGCCCAGCCUGUCAGUCUUCCACUUACCCCAAUCCAAAAGAUCCGUCAGCCGCCAAAGCUGUCGAUGGGAACUCUGACGGGAUCUUCUUCCAUGGCUCCUGCACCCACACCAACUCUGAAGAUGCACCGUGGUGGUAUGUGGAUCUGGGGGAGCAGUAUUCCAUCUCCACCGUGGUGGUGAAGAACCGUGAGGACUGCUGCGGCAGUAGACUCCUGGGAGCCCAGAUCCGUGUGGGAGACUCCGUGGCUGACCAUGGCAAGACUAACCCCCUCUGUGGGAAGAUUACAGAUUAUAAUCGUGGCUCCAUCAGCACCAUCAGUUGCCAGGGGAUGAAGGGUCGUUAUGUGAGCGUGAACCACCCGGGAGAGCCAGCUAUCCUGACCUUGUGUGAGGUGGAAGUCUAUGGGACAAAGGUGGAGGAUGCGCCUUUGGAAUAAGCAGCCACGUGUCGUGUGGAAAGGGGCAUGGGCAGAACUGAUGGAAUCGGUGUUGGUUGUCCAAUAAAUAUCCUUUGA